UCCAGCGUAUUACCGGCGACCCUGAGAGGUAAUGUGAAUUUAGCGGCCAACCGAGGGCCAAGUUAUAAAGUGACGGGGACCUGGGUUAUCAAUAACGUGCUAAUAGACUGGCUUGGCCAGCUCUUCUUUGCUCCCACCUGUCAUGGCAGGCUGGUCACGUGAGGCAGUUCUAACAUUAUAUCGUGCCCUUCUGCGCCAGGGGCGCCAGCUACAGUAUACUGACCGUGACUUUUACGCAUCGUACGUCCGGAGAGAGUUUAGAAAACAGCAAGGACUCACAAAGCUCGUGGACAAAGAAAGGCAGUUGGAAAAAGGACAAUUCUUCCUCAAGACUAAGCUUGGUGGGCUGAUGUAACAGGUGACAUCUCCCUUGUCACUGUGUACUUUCAGGAAACCUUAAAGGUAUGUUAUGUUUUCAGUACUGUUGCCUUAGUGUUAAGAUUUUACAGUCGUUAGUACGUCUAAAUUUCUGUUUCACGAUAAAGUUGGAGUUCUCUUAA